AUGCUUCUCGCAAGCCUCUCGCUCUUCGCUCUCUUCGCCCGCCGCGCCGCGGCAGCUGCGUCCCCGUUCGUCGCGCCCCCAGCCGAGCUCUUCUCGCCCCUUAUCGCCAAGAAGGUGCUCGCGACCGCGGAAGCGUUCCCGAGCCCCGCAAUGUACCCGCAGUACACGGACCGCGCCGAGGGCAAGUGGAUUUGGUUCGGUCCUGACUUGUGGACCACCGGCUUCUUCCCCGCGACGCUUUACGCCAUGCACGCCCGCACGAAGCUCUGCCAUCACUCGAGCGUCGGCGACGGGGACCAGUGGCUCGCGCUCGGACGCUCGUGGGCCACACCGGAGAUCCCGCUCAUACACAACAACAUGUACAUCGAGCACGACGUCGGCUUUGUGAGCCAGCCGUUUCGGGACGAGCUUAAGGUAAACCGGGACAACCAAACUGCAAUUUCGGCGGUGAACGGGUUCUCAGACGACCUGGCGGCACGGUUCAGCGAAAUCGUCGGGUGUACGCGUAGCUGGGACACGGCCGACCCUACGGACUUCCAGGUCAUCAUUGACAACAUGAUGAACCUAGAGAUUUUUUUCGCGAACGAAGCCUUGACCGGGAACCACACUCUACGCGACAUGGCCAUUUCUCAUGCCGACAAGACCAUGGCUAACCACGUCCGUCCGGAUGGCGGCUCCUUUCAUGUGGUUGAAUACAACUCGACGACUGGAGUCGUGAUAAAACGGAGGACUGCCCAAGGCUACGCGGACAACAGCACAUGGAGUCGCGGUCAAGCAUGGGGGAUCUACGGCUUCGCGAACAUGUACAAGCGCACACAAAAGUAUGACUACAUCCAAACCGCACGUCGCAUGGCCGACUACUUCCUCGACAACCUCCCCGACGACGGCGUGGUCCCCUGGGACUUCAACGCGCCCCUCGACCCCCCACGUCCCGCGGACUCGUCUGCGGCGAUGAUCGCCGCGAACGGCCUCCUCCUCCUCGCAGAACAGGAGACCUCCAUCUUCAACCCCGUUGGCGCUACGCGCUACACCAACGCUGCCAUCAGGCUCAUCCGCGACAACACCAGGCUGGCGUGGGCGCCGACGUGGCAGAGCUUAUUGUCGAACGGCACUGUCAACAACCCGCAGCACAAUAACCUGACCGGGAUCAUAUACGGCGACUACUACUUCAUCACUGCUGGGAACACGCUCGUCGAGAGAGGGCUCGCGAGCUGCUGA